AUGGCUACUUCAUAUAAGCCCAAGAACAUUCUCAUUACUGGAGCUGCUGGAUUCAUUGCUUCCCACGUUGCCAACAGACUAAUCCGUAGCUAUCCAGAUUACAAGAUCGUCGUGUUGGACAAGCUUGAUUACUGUUCAGAUCUGAAGAAUCUCGAUCCUUCGUUUUCUUCACCAAACUUCAAGUUUGUGAAAGGAGACAUCGCGAGCGAUGACCUCGUGAACUACCUUCUCAUCACCGAAAACAUCGACACCAUAAUGCAUUUCGCUGCUCAGACUCACGUAGACAACUCUUUCGGUAACAGCUUUGAGUUUACCAAGAACAACAUCUAUGGUACUCAUGUGCUUUUGGAAGCCUGUAAAGUAACAGGACAGAUCAGGAGGUUUAUCCACGUGAGCACCGAUGAAGUCUAUGGAGAAACCGAUGAGGAUGCUGCUGUAGGAAACCAUGAAGCGUCUCAGCUGCUACCGACAAAUCCAUACUCAGCCACGAAAGCUGGUGCUGAGAUGCUCGUGAUGGCGUACGGUAGAUCGUAUGGUUUACCGGUUAUCACAACUCGUGGGAACAAUGUUUAUGGGCCUAACCAGUUUCCUGAAAAACUGAUUCCUAAGUUUAUCUUAUUGGCUAUGAGUGGGAAGCCGCUUCCGAUCCAUGGAGAUGGAUCUAACGUCAGGAGUUACUUAUACUGUGAAGACGUUGCUGAAGCGUUUGAGGUUGUUCUUCACAAAGGAGAAGUCGGCCACGUCUACAAUAUCGGAACAAAGAGAGAAAGGAGAGUGACUGAUGUGGCGACAGACAUCUGCAAACUCUUCGGGAAAGAUCCUGAGUCAAGCAUUCAGUUUGUGGAGAAUCGUCCGUUUAACGAUCAGAGGUACUUCCUUGAUGAUCAGAAGCUGAAGAAACUGGGUUGGUCAGAGAGAACCACAUGGGAAGAUGGAUUGAAGAAGACAAUGGAAUGGUACACUCAGAAUCCAGAGUGGUGGGGUGAUGUCUCUGGAGCUUUGCUUCCUCAUCCGAGAAUGCUUAUGAUGCCCGGAGGAAGACUUUCCGAUGGAUCUGAGGAGAAGAAAGACGCCACAAGCAACACCGUGCAGACAUUUACGGUUGUGACACCUAACAGCAAGACUAAUGGUGGUUCUAGUGACAAAGCUUUCUUGAAGUUUUUGAUCUAUGGUAAGACUGGUUGGAUUGGUGGUCUUUUAGGGAAGCUAUGUGAGAAGCAAGGGAUUGCGUAUGAGUAUGGGAAAGGGCGUUUGGAGGAUAGAGCUUCUCUAGUGGCUGAUAUUCGUAGUGUCAAACCUACUCAUGUGUUUAACGCUGCUGGUUUAACUGGGAGACCUAAUGUCGACUGGUGUGAGUCUCACAAACCGGAGACGAUUCGUGUCAAUGUCGCUGGGACUUUGACUCUAGCUGAUGUUUGCAGAGAGAAUGAUCUCUUGAUGGUGAACUUCGCCACCGGUUGCAUAUUUGAGUAUGACGCUGCACAUCCCGAGGGCUCAGGUAUUGGCUUCAAGGAAGAGGACACGCCUAAUUUCGCCGGAUCUUUCUACUCAAAAACUAAAGCCAUGGUUGAGGAGCUUUUAAGAGAGUUUGACAAUGUGUGUACAUUGAGAGUGCGUAUGCCGAUCUCAUCAGACCUAAGCAACCCAAGAAACUUCAUCACGAAGAUCUCUCGCUACAACAAAGUGGUGGACAUCCCGAACAGCAUGACCAUACUGGACGAGCUUCUCCCAAUCUCAAUCGAGAUGGCGAAGAGAAACCUAAGAGGGAUAUGGAACUUCACCAACCCAGGGGUGGUGAGCCACAAUGAGAUACUGGAGAUGUACAGAACUUACAUCGAGCCAGGUUUUAAGUGGUCCAACUUCACAGUGGAAGAACAAGCAAAGGUCAUUGUUGCUGCUAGAAGCAACAACGAAAUGUGUGGGGCUAAACUAAGCAAGGAGUUCCCAGAGAUGCUACCCAUUAAAGAGGCACUCAUCAAAUACGUCUUUGAACCAAACAAGAAAACCUGA